CAGGCGGAGGAUGAGCGCAGGCAGGCUGAGGGAGCUCCAGCGAAGCUCGCGGGGGUCGGGAUCGGAGCUCUGAGCGGGGAAUGGAGCGCGGCCGCCCGCUGUAGGACUACACGCACACGCACACGUUUCCCACGCGUUUACAGGCACGAGGAUGAGCGCAGGGCACACACGGAGGAUCAGACGCGCGCGCGCAGACAAUGUCAGGAUAUGUUUCGGGCCGUAGUGAGUGUUAAUCAUGUCUGAUAGUGUUGAUAUUGAGGAGAAGCCGCCCGCUCCGCCGCUGAGAAUGAGCAGCAGCUCCCGCGACUCUUCCCUGCACAGUUCUAAACCGCUUCCAAUGGCUCCGGAGGAAAAAAACAAGAAAUCAGCCAGGCUACGAUCCAUCUUCCCUGGAGGGGAUAAGACGAAUAAGAAGAAAGAGAAAGAGCGUCCUGAGAUUUCUCUUCCCUCGGAUUUCGAACACACCAUCCACGUAGGAUUCGACGCAGUUACAGGAGAGUUCACUGGCAUACCUGAGCAGUGGGCUCGAUUAUUGCAGACCUCUAACAUCACUAAGCUGGAACAGAAGAAGAACCCUCAGGCAGUUAUAGACGUACUGAAGUUCUAUGACUCUAAAGAGACGGUCAACAACCAGAAAUACAUGAGCUUCACUUCUGGAGAUAAAUCGGCUCAUGGAUACAUAGCGGCUAACACUUUGAACCGCCUCCUGUCCUCCGGGCCACCAGUCAGCCUUAGAACCUGCAGCGCAUUAUUUGACAAGCAGCAGGGAGCGAAGACGGCGUCCGAGCCUCCGCUCGCUCCUCCGGUGUCUGAGGAGGAAGAUGAGGAAGAGGAGGAGGAGGACGAAGAUGAAGACGACGAUGAUGAUGAGGUGCCACCCAUCAUCGCUCCUCGACCGGAACACACCAAAUCUAUCUACACUCGCUCUGUAAUCGAGCCGGCCGCUCCCCCUGCCCCAGUUAAAGAGGUCACAACCCCGCCGGAGUCGCAGGUGCAGCCAGAGGACACGACGUCCAGCACACUGUACCGGCACACUGACCGGCAGAGGAAGAAAUCUAAGAUGACCGACGAGGAGAUACUCGAACGACUCAGGAGCAUCGUCAGUGUUGGCGAUCCAAAGAAGAAAUACACACGCUUCGAGAAAAUAGGACAAGGGGCGUCUGGGACAGUUUACACAGCCAUCGACAUCGCCACCGGACAGGAGGUGGCUAUAAAGCAGAUGAAUCUGCAACAGCAGCCGAAGAAAGAGCUGAUCAUUAACGAGAUUUUGGUGAUGAGGGAAAACAAAAACCCCAACAUUGUUAACUACCUGGAUAGUUAUCUGGUAGGUGAUGAGUUGUGGGUGGUGAUGGAGUAUUUAGCUGGUGGUUCUCUCACAGAUGUUGUAACAGAAACUUGUAUGGACGAGGGGCAGAUUGCUGCAGUGUGCAGAGAGUGUUUGCAGGCUCUGGACUUCCUUCACUCCAACCAGGUGAUUCACAGAGACAUCAAGAGUGACAACAUCCUGCUGGGCAUGGACGGCUCCGUCAAACUGACGGAUUUCGGGUUCUGUGCUCAGAUCACUCCGGAGCAGAAUAAGCGCAGCACUAUGGUGGGCACUCCGUACUGGAUGGCUCCGGAGGUCGUAACUCGGAAGGCGUACGGCCCUAAAGUGGACAUCUGGUCUCUGGGCAUCAUGGCCAUCGAGAUGGUGGAGGGGGAGCCGCCGUAUCUCAAUGAAAACCCACUCAGGGCGCUGUACCUGAUUGCCACUAACGGCACUCCAGAACUGCAGAACCCCGAGCGUUUAUCCUCUGUCUUCAGAGACUUCCUCAACCGCUGCCUGGAGAUGGACGUGGACCGUCGGGGGGCCGCUAAAGAGCUGCUGCAGCAUUCGUUCCUGAAGCUGGCCAAACCUCUGUCCAGUCUGACACCACUGAUUGUAGCCGCCAAGGAAGCCAUCAAGAACAGCAGCCGCUAGAGGGGCCGUCACACACACACACACACACACACACACACACACACACACACACACACACACACACACACACAUACACACACACACACACACACACACCUGAAAACAGGAGGAUUACACAAUCAUAUUAAAUGUACGGUUCACUCACGCUGGAUGAAAGACAGCUACAUUUGGGUAAACUGCUACCCCCCAGUGCUCGGCCCCCCCAAACUCUCUCCAGGGUUAUCCACAGUGUGUGUGUGUGUCUACAGUGAGCCCACCUCUCCAGUGUCUGAAAGAGGGAUUAAAACAAAGACUGCAGAAGGGUGGAGUGUGGAUUACAGUAGCGGUGUUAAAAGCGCUGUGAAGUGUCUGGCCUGUUGGAUUUAAAUCUAAUUUAAGAUAAUCUGAUCUAAUCUGAACUGCAGCGUUGGAUUAUUGGCACUUUUGGAUUUCGGCGGAAACCCACAGUCUCUGGAUCUCUUCAGUACAACUGCAUGACCCUCUAGACUCCGCCUACCUACAGCAAUCAGCUCCAUCUUCACUGUGUGCGUGCGUGAGUGUGUUUGUGUGAGAGGGUCUGAUGGAAAACACAGACGUUACAUGACGACGGCCCUGUUUUAGCUGGAUUAGUGUCUACAGUACACGCUUUCUUUAAAGGUUCUGUAGGAAAGACAGUGGUUCUUUUUAGAACUUUCUUCAGAUUGAUGGAGAAUGUGUUGUAUGUGGUUCUACACAGAACCUUUUUGAAAAUUAUUCUAAAUAGCACCAAAAAGGGUUCUUCUAUCGUUUGAUGUCCAGCUUGUGACAAUAGAACCCAGACAGCAAGCGUAUAUCGGUCCACUGGUUUGACAAGGUCAGCACCCGACUGGCUGUUUGCCACUACUGGUCCCCCCUCGGACCACCCAGAUUAAUGUCCUAACUAAGCUUUAACUAGUUUUUAAUCUAUUUUAAAUGCACAGAGACUUUUAUUCCAGAAAAUUUACAAAUUUUACGAACAACCGAGAGACAAAAAUAGGCCCAAUGUAAAAUGAUUCUAUAGAAAACAUUCCUGAUCUAAAUCUAAUCUAAUUUACAAAGUAACGAAAUAAAGCAAUAAAGGAAAGGUCAGUAAAUUGAACUGUUAGUGGGAAAAGGAUAGCGGACCACCCGGAAAACACUGAGCAAAACACCAGUGGACCGCCAGCUUUGCCAUUAGUGGGCCGACAGUGGACCGCUGACCUGUUGCUUUCAGGGAAGAGCCCUUUUUGAUGGUGACCAAAUGCAGAAAACCAUUUAAGGAUGAAACAGUUCUAAGUAUAACCAUUGCCUUUACUAAAGAACCCUUGAAGAGCUGUCUUUUUUAAGUGGGUAGCUAGCUAUUGUUCCUUGCUAACGUUACAUGACCGAAGUCCCUAUUGAAGCCGGACUCGUUUUCCCAGAGGAAAUGUGAUGUAACAUGAGGGAUUUAAUUGGCUAAAUGGUUCGGGAUAAAUUAUGUCGAAAUUCCCACAGAUUAAAAUUCCCCAGACUGAAAGGUCGUAGCCCAGAUGCUCAAUAACAAUAACAACACACAGGGUCUGUUCACGGGUUUUAGCCUGAGGCCAGUUGGAACACGAAGUACAGAUCAUUUACUCCGGACUUCCACCAUUGGAAAAAACUGAAAAAAACUAAAUAGACUUGCGUAUAUUCCGUGUUGAUCUAAAAUGGUUUAUUCUGAUUUAAUCUGGUCUCGUGCUGGUUUAGCUGGGUACCUAGCCUGGCCAUACUGGUUGACCAGCAUGCCAGCACCCAAAAUGAUGUGUAUGGCAAAACAAAACCUCAUGUCUCCAAAAUAAUAACUUUGCAGGAGAAGCAAAAACAUAGUGUACUUUUAACGCAAGUCAAUGGACCCAGACCUUUUUUUUAAUUAAGUGUAACUGGGCUGUUUCUUUUGGUCAAGAGCAGCAGGCAAAUUUCACAUUAGCUCAAAAGCUGGAAAACGACAGCAGCGAAUGCUGGCUUUGAUGGUCUAUGCUAGUUUCUCCUAGCAGGGAGGUUAGCCUAUAAUAUACUGCGUGUCAUUCCUGCUUUACUGAUAUUAACAGCCUAAUCUAGCAAGCUGCAGUAGUUAGCUAAUGUCUGAGGAGGACAUUGCCUAGCUAGCAUAGCUACAGUUUGUUGAGUUAAAUGGUUUGACAACACAGCUAGCUACUGUUUGUAGUAAAAAAACAGAAAGCUAAGGUGGCUAGCUAAUGUUUACAGAGGAAAUUGCCCGGCUAACAUAGCUAGCUACUGUUUGUAGUAAAAAACAGAAAGCUAAGGUGGCUAGCUAAUGUUUACAGAGGAAAUUGCCCGGCUAGCAUAGCUAGCUACUGUUUGCUGAGAUGGAUGGUUUGCCAACAUAAAUAACUGUUGUUUAUAGUAAAGGAUGGCAAGCUAAGAUGGCUAGCUAACAGAGGAAGGUAAUGGACCAACAAACUUAGCAGUGCUUGAGUCAUUAGCUAAGUGUGCACAAGCUAGCACCAGCAACAAAGGAAACUUGCUGUAACGCUGAAGCCGAGUGUUGAGUUUACAGCCCAGGCUGGACGCAGCAGUGUGGGAGCCUGGUGGCUCCAUCAGGACUACAGUGAGAACAUCUACUGGAAAAGCUAAUCCAGCUCUGACAGGACUAAAGCCAGCAUCACUGCUGUAAUACAAACUAAUACAAUCUCAGCUCAGAGUACACUCCUCUGUGUGUGUGUGUGUGUGUGUGUGUGUGUGUGUGUGUGUGUGUGUGUGUGUGUGUUUGUGUGCAUGUGUUCGUUCGUCGUGCACGAGGGAGCAGAUUCACAGACCAGCCCUGAGGCUUCUUCUGUGGUUCUUUCUCCAGAAAAUCUGGACAAACCUGCGUCCAGGUCGGCAGCGGACACUCGGCUGAUUCUGCUGUUCUGCAUAUUCCACUCAUUCGGCUAUUCUACUAUGCAUUCCAACAGCUGAUGCAAACUAGCCAGUCAAACGAAGCCAUGGACGUCAGCGUCAACUGACCACUGCUACAGACAAUACGGGCAUUACAUGGCAAAAAGCGUGCGUCCAUAGUCCUCUCUGUGGACCUACGGUCGUCUCCUGAUUCUCCUCCUGUACCUGUUUUUUUUUUGCGUACACACACGUUUUUAAAGGGGUGCUAACACUUAUGCCUUUCCCCCAUCCUCCACACGAUGCGUUCAGACAUUCUGGUUUUUUCACGUUUCUCACAUCCUGUCCUGGUGCUUGGAGAAUUUAUUUUGGGUAGUGUUUGUGGAGAGAGAAGGGGGGGAAUUGUGGGAGAUGUAGUUCCUCUGGAAAUGUUAUAAAAGGCUGGCUUUAUGUGGUGAAACGUUAUUUGGUUCUAGCUAGGUUAUCUAGAUUGCAAGAUGAGCCAGUAUUUUUUUCAUAUGUCGUAUCAUUUUAGCUAAAGCAAAGCCACCGCGUCUCAAUCUAAACCCCAAACAUCCAAAUUAGCCAAAUAACGGGCCUAAUAAACCAGCUGGCUGUGUAAUCUGUGAUGGAACGCUUAACAAAGCAAGCGACACAAGCUAGAAAAUGCCCCGUCUCCAAAUUGUGACAUUCUGGUAAAUUGUCGUAAACAAAAACGCAGAUCUAACGCCAGCUUGAUCUACUGAGUUGCCGUGGUAACAGAGGACGUUCUGGCUGGGUCUAUUGUGGCCUUUAGGUUGUCUAAGCAUCAUAUAUAUACGAGAUGAACACACUGAGCGGGUCCAAGCACGCAUUAGCCCAAUUAGGCCGAAUAGGCAACCAUGGCAAAAAAAAAUACAGUGUGCCAAACAAAUUUAAGCCAAAAUACCAGACGAGCGGUGAAAUUUUACUUAACAUGAAAUUGCAGUCAUUCAGGUCAGUGAACUGAAUCGAAAGGCACCACAUCUUUAGUCUGUAGGCUUCAUAAAAACCUUGUAAUAGCACGUUUAAUCAUUUUUAGUUUUAAUGAACUGAAAUUCAUUUUCAUUUUAGUUUUUUUUAGUGCUGAAGCCCCUCAAAGGCCAACAUUUGUGGACCCCAUCUGAGUCUCAAUAUAUACACACAUUUAAAGUUUUGAAAUGAUAGGACCAAAGAUUGAGGAGUUAUAGGAUCAAGCCAACACCGUGUUCAGACUUUUUGAUACCGAUAAAUGAGGAUUGAGCAAAAAACCUAGAACUAGUUUGCAAAAGUAGGUUUGGCAUAUUAUACAAAUUUACAUAAAAUCCUAGUGGGCGGAGCUAAACGGUCCAGAUUGCAAAGCUGUUUGUUUUGACCCAAGGAAUCAGGGAAAAAAAGGAAUUUUGUCUCAAAAAAUUUUGGUUUAGGAGUUAUGAGGCAAAACGUCUUUUGCUGCGCUAUAGUUCCCCCCGAUGGCCAAACGGGGUAAUUGUUGUUGCUCAGAUAGAUGCACUCAAACUGCACCUAUCCACCAAGUUUAGUGUCUCUAGGACUUACGGUCUCUUCUCCACAACAUGUUUUUCAGGGGAAAAAAGAUAAUAAUAAGAAGAAAAAUCUGAGCAAUUCCAGUGAAGCAAAGCAUCAUUGCUAGAGUGUUUAUUUUGUAUCCGACCAAAACCACUUGAACACAAAUCAAGUCGUAUAAACGACCUCCAAAGUCGGUAAGUAGGAACUUCCGAGGAGGACUUGAAGGAGGCCCAUGUGUGAAGGUGGUCCUGGAAGUCAGGCUAUCCGCGGCUUGUUUGGCUGUUUCAUGAAAUUUCUUUGCAACCGUUGUGGCUCAAGCAGUUUUGUGAGAGUUUCGCCACAUAAAGCCAAGCGACCUCCCGUGGUGUCCGACAGAGUUACGAAUUAUUUAAAUUAAAUGAAAAGUUGAAACCUUGAGGACUUUGGGCUGCGAGCUGUGGAGUGGAUACUUUGUGAUUACGUGUGCGUAUGAAGUUCACUCAGCCUGUGGAUUUCUCCAAGCGUUUAAAGGUUCUCGCGUGGUCAGAAGACGUUUGUUUAUUGGUUCUUAUCUUUGGUACACAGGCGUAUGUAGGUGUGCGUGUGUGUGUGUAGACUAGGGAGUUACCUCAAUCUGCUCUGUACGCCAGUUAUUCUCCAGAAUUCACUGUGAAACUUCAGGAAACUUCUCCUCCACCUUAGGCUCACAACAGCAGUGGGGAAAAAUACCACAGACGCCGCUCCGCAUGAACAGGCCGAGUAGUUACACCAUAGAUAUCGUUAGAUUAGAUAGACGUCACUUCUACAGAUGCGGACGGGGUUUGUACGCACGGCAAAGUGGGACUGAUACAUAACAUUAAAGCGACAGGUUGGGGGAAAAGCCGAUUGAUGUUCUAAGUCACGUUUGGUGUCCAAAGGUUGUUUAGUUUAGCACUGGAGCUACAAGGCUAAUGUGGCGAACACAGAGAGAUGGUCAGGGGUGGUCAGCGCCACCCUCGUGCGACGUCUGACCACAUCCGCAUGAUUAAAAGGCUCUUAGCAUGUUGAAAUUUUCUUCAGAUUGAUGGAGAACGUGUUGUAUUUGGUUCUGUAUAGCACCAAAUCAGGCUUCUCCUAUUGUUGCAGUCUUGACGUGGUAACAGUAUAGAACCCUUCUCAAAAAGGUUUUACGUAGAACCAUCUACACAUCAAUCCAAAGGACAUUUCACGAUGAAAAGACCCAUUUAAGCAUGAAAGGGUUCUUUGAGUGUUUGUGGUUCUAUGUAGAACUGUUGUCUUUACUAAAGAACCUUUGAAGAACCAUCUUUUUUAAGGGUGCUACUGAUUUCUGCUCUAGUUAGCGGAAACCAAACCUGAUAAAUUCACUGAAAGAUUUCUAUUUCUAAAACAAAAUUUGUUCCUUUAAAUUUGUACAAAUAUAGUUACAGCUUUUUUUUUUUUUUGGAAAUACUUUUAUGUAUGUAAACAUUUUCACAAAUCUCGCAACGUUCCGCUACACCAUACGGUCCAUAUAUGGAAACUAAGUUCGUGAAUUUGUUGUUUCUGUGAUUUUACAUGUGGCCACUUUUUCAGAGUUACAGCAGUUUAGACCCGCCCAUUCACACUGAAGUCAUAAGGAGUGUUUCUGCCUACUAAGGACUGCACAGCCAAUCAGAACAGAGUAUUUGCAUAUAUCAGUCUUAAAGGCACAGUAACACAAACAGCCUGUUUUAGGCCCGAAACAUACUUCAUGCAAGGAUGCGAACGCUGACACUUCAAGCUACACAGGGGUUGUUUGUGUAGUUGCAUUGAAAAAUGUGUCACGACGCAUUUCAUAAUGCGACACAAGCGCCAACCGCGGUCUGAGUGUUACAGCAGGGGGCGCUAUACCGACAGCCAAACCUGUCCAAGUGGUCUCGUUCCGCCAGCGCGUUUCUCAACUGGCAUAGCAGACAAGCAGUCGAGUGUCACGCAUAGACAUUUUACAAAAGAGAAGAGAUAAAGCAGCUCGCUCUCCUCUACUGUCCACGUUUAGCUGUUUAGAUCUUCACUGAUGUGUCCUCUAGCGCCCCCUUCAAGUCAUUUGCCUUCGCGUCCUUGUGUGAACUGCUUCCGGGACUAAUUCUGGGGGAUAAAAAUGAUUGAGGAAAACGAUUUCGGCUGUUUGUGGUGCAGAGAAUGAUACGGAUGUUGUCAGCGGAGCCCAGGAACCCGUUACCCACAUUAGCCUUGUAGCUCUGGGCCUAACACUAAGGAAGCAGACCUCAGACACCUUGGCUAAAAGUCAGAUUCUUCACCAGCCUGUCGCUUUAAACAUCAUAGUUUGAUCAUCUGCGGUGAACUGGUACGUGUAUAUGUAGAACUAUUUAAACUUCCUGUUUUUGUAUGAAUUUAAAAAAAGAAAAA